AUGGCUCAAUUAAGCUCUCUCUCUGCUGAAAUAGAGACACUGACCCAUGUCUUGAGCCUGGUCGAGGCCUUUCGCUCGUUCGACUCUGACAAUGACGGAUCGAUCAACGCUCAAGAGCUUGGGGGACUAAUGGGAUCACUUGGAUACAACCCAAGUGAACAAGAAAUCAAUACUCUGAUGCAAGAAGCAAACACCAACAGAGAUGGACUCUUGAGCAUUUCUGAGUUUCUUGACAUGAAUACUAAGGAUUUGGGACUAGGAGGUCUAAAAGAUAUUCUUAAAAGGGCUUUUGAAGAAUUGGAAUUUCAAGGAGAAGAUUUAGUGACGGGAGAGGACCUCUAUGAAGUUGUUGGGAAUAUUGGAACAGAUCUUUCCCAAGAGGAAUGUCAAGAUAUCAUAGCAAGCAUGGAUGGAGAUGGUGAUGGGGUUAUAAGUUUUGAGGAUUUCAAACUUAUAAUUAAUUCACUUGGUUAG